AUGAUCAAGCCCGAUGGCGUGCAACGCGGUCACGUCGGUGAGAUCAUCUCGCGAUUCGAAAAGAAAGGGAUGGUGAUGAAGGCGCUGAAGACGUACCAGUGCCCGAAAGCCGUCGCGGAGGAACACUACCAAGACUUGUCGAGCAAGCCGUUCUUUGGCGAUUUGGUCAACUACAUUUGCUCCGGACCGGUGGUCGCGAUGAUUUGGGAAGGCCCGGGCGUGGUCAAGAGCGCGCGAUUGUUGAUUGGCGCGACGAACCCGCUCGAGUCGGCGCCGGGGACGAUUCGCGGCGACUUGGCCGUCGAGGUCGGACGCAACGUCAUUCACGGUUCCGAUUCUGUGGAAUCCGCCGAGCGCGAAAUCGAGCUUUGGUUCGGCGAUAAGGCUGGAUGCGUGGACUGGCAACCGACCAUCACGCCGUGGGUGCGCGAGUAA